CCACCCAAAAAAAAGGAAAAAAAUUUGAAAAAGAUGACUUAAUAGUAGAUGAAAAAACAUGAGGAAGGAAAACUGCAGAAUUUCAACCCAACAUUGUCUCGUCUUGUUCACCGCAUUUCCCUCUUAAUCCCAUCCGAGAUCUUCUUCCUCCCAUCUCCAUCCGCCACCGUGCCGCUACUCUAGCCUCUUGCGCUUCUCAUCGCUCCGCCGUAUUCCGUUCAUGCUUGGACGUAUUUCUUCAUCCCCCAUAUUCGAAACCCUAGCUCGAAAUUACGUAAUUACUAUUUCCUGAUUCAAUUUAAUCGUUUCUUCACAUUGAGAACAAAAGGUUAUCAUCUCUGGGGUAAUUAUCGUGUGUAACUAUGUCAUUUAUGCCUUUUAAUUUUGAUAAAUGCAAUAUUAUUUGAUGGCGGAUCAUAUUUCCCAUCUGGAUUGUAGUGUGGAGUAGGCUGCUAGUUCUUCGUAAGGAAAUUUGCAGAUAUCAAUACAACUAUCCCUCUCCGAAUUGUUGUAGAAUCAGCUUGGAAUUGUGAUUUUUGCAUUUUUCUUAUAAGUAUCUUGGUAAUUGAUUCCAUGGAUCCUAUGCACAUUAAGAUUUUCUCAUCCAAUCAGCACUAACAUUGGAAAUGGCUGAGAUUGGUGGAGGCUAAGAGGUUUGAUAAAAAAAAUUCCCUAGUUGUCAAUUUCAAAGAGAUUUUCCUGUCCCCAGUUGUGUAUCGAUAUCACGUGCUGGUGAAGUUAUGUUAAUGUCAAUUUAGGGAGUGUUUUUUUUAACAUGGUCUUGUGCCUGGUUGAAAGGUGAAGUUUUACAUUAAUGAGUCAUAUUUGCAAUGCUUCAGGGCUGAUUCUGAAGUAAAAAGAUUUGUUUUUUUCCUCUCUUUCUUUUUUCCUGGUAAAGUACAUAGAAGAGCAUGUCACGAGAAAGGGCCAGACGCGUCACACUCGCACCAGCUGAAGAGACUAUUGAGAAGAUUAAGAAAGUUGUAGAGGAAGGCAACUUCUAUGGCGCUCUACAAAUGUAUAAGUCUCUUGGUUCCAGGUAUGCUUUAGCUGACAGGUACUUAGAAGCCUUGGAUAUUUUUCACUCUGGGGCUUGCUUACAAUUAGCAAACGGACAGGUUACAUGUGGAACUGAGCUUGCUGUCUUGUUUGUGGAGAGUCUUGUUAAAGGAAAGAUCGCUUAUGAUGAUGACACACUUGAUCGUAUCAGGCAAAUUUACAAGAAGUUUCCACGAAUAUCUGUGCCGCAAAAUUUGGACCUAGCAGAUGAUGCUGAUAUGCAGCAACUCACUGAAGCUCUAGGAGCUGCAAAAACACGUGCUGAGGGUUGCUCAUCAUUCUUGAGAGCUGCUAUCAAGUGGUCUACAGAAUUUGGAGGUCAGAGGAAUGGAUCUCCUGAAAUUCAUGACAUGCUAGCUGAUUACCUAUACACAGAAUCACCUGAGUUGGAUAUGUCCAAAGUAACGUAUCAUUUUGUUCGAGGGAAGAAUCCAAAGAAGUUUGCUCUAACUCUAAUCAAUUUCAUGGGCAAGUGUUAUCCCGGUGAAGACGAUCUUGCUGUUGCACGUGCAGUUCUGAUGUUGCAGAGAGAUGCUUUGCCUCUCUUCAAUAUGUUGCGUGACCGUUACAGGCCAAGUAUAAGCAGGGAGCCUCUCUUUAACGAACUGCUGGAUGAAAUCGCGGAGAAGUUCUAUGGAGUACGACGUAGAAAUUCCAUGCCGGGAGGAAUGUUUGGGGAAAUUUUCAAGAUGAUGGCAGGAGACUAGUAGUAAACUUGCAAUUUGCGAUGAGAUAAAUUAUGACAGAAAUUGGUAAAAAUCGAUGCUACUUAAAGUUUAACUAUGAUUUUUGUUCUUGUUUAUAGUUUGCCUUCUUAUGGGCAAGGAACGCAACCUUUUUAGUAGUUCAGAAAACCUGUGACAAAUGGUUUCCUGUUUGUUGUUUUUUAGUAGUACUAUUUUUUUAGGGUACAAGAGCUAUGAUCGACUAAUUAUUUUUUAAAAA